AUGCGGCUCCGGUUCGGACAGGCCUUGGCGACCGCCGUCGGUCAGCUGAGUGUCGUUGAUGCCCGGGCCAUCUUCGGCGACCGGAUGAGUCAGCUCAUCGUCUGUGGCGGUGAUGAUUUGACCUCCCCCACCACGGCGAGCAUCGAGGGCAAGGCCGCCAACCACGACGAGCACCGCUUCCGAGAUCACAACGACCUCGUCUACCACUACCGACAUUACGACUGCCACCACCAGCACCUCUUCCGAGAUCACAACGACGACGAGCACCUCCAGUACAAGCACCACUGGGACUGUCAGCACUACAACUACCGGCACAGAGACUUCAAGCAGUGCAACAACCGCCGCCGAGACACGUCCACAGAUUUAGAAACCACAAUUACUACAACCACCACCACCACCACCUCUUCCGACCUUUUGGUGGUUGGAGCUCUCAACAUCGACGUCAACCACACGGACGACCACCACAAGCGCCACAACUUUCACCAGCCCAGAGGUUACGACAGCAACGUCGACGUCGUCCACAGUUACCACAAAGACGACCACUACAACCACAACUAUUUCAACCACGAGCACCGACACCUCGACGACACUCACUCUCGAGACUGGCACUUCUACGACGACCACGACAACAACAACUACGACAAGAAGUACUUCGGUGGAGGCGACACCGACUUCUCCUCCCGUGGGCGGCAGCACGACCCCCUGGACUGGCGGUGGCUGGGAUGA